AUGCGGUUUCGACGUGCCCAGAGGCCAGAGGCGAAUCCAUUGGACUUUCUUCGGAGAGGAAGGAGGGAGGCUUUCUUUGGAGAUGGCACGGCGACUUUGUUUGGAGAUGGCACACGCGGGGAGGGGAAGGAACAGGUGGCGGAUAUAAUGACUAAGGCAGUGAAGCUUGAACAAUUUGAGAAACUUCAACAAAUGCUUGGAGUAGUUGAUAUUACUAUAACAGUUCCACUUCCAACCUCCAAACCCAACAGAAACGGCGCGCCCGCCACCAACGCCAACGCCAGCCCCAUCAAGUCCCAACUCUACAACCCCAACCAUCAAGUUUACCAGCCGCAAUCGCGCUACCAUGGGCGGUGCCGCUCCCACUGCAACCUCUGUUGCUGCUGCCGCUUCUGGACCAUCCUGAUGAUGCUCGACGUGGUGCUCCUCGCCGCCAUUGUCAGCGCCGCACUGUACGUACUGUACCCUCCCCACCGCCCUGAAUUCUCCGUGACGAACCUCCGCAUUGCGAGGAUGAACCUGACGACGCCGUCGGACUCGCCCUCGCACCUCAACACGCUCUUCAACCUCACGCUCAUCGCCAAGAACCCCAACAACCACAUGGUCUUCUUCUACGACCCAUUCUCCGUAACGGUGUUCUCGAACCCCGUCCCCGUGGAAAACGGCUCCGUGACGGCGUUCUCCUCGGGCAAGAACUACCAGAUGAGCCUCCGCGCGGUGCUCUCGGGGUCGCAGGAUCUGGACAUUGACUCCCUAAGCAGUGUGAGAUCGGGUCUGAAGAUGAAGAAGGGUUUCCCCGUUCAGAUUCAGACGGACACCAAGGUGAAGAUGAAGAUGGACUCGCUCAAGAGCAAGAAGGUCGGAAUCAGAGUCACCUGCAACGGAAUCAGAGGCACCGUUCCCGCCGACAAUCACGAGGUUGCAUCCGUCGUCGACUCCGAGUGGAGUACGAGGAACUGUUGGAGGGCAUGCGCGAGCAUUGAUCAGCGGCUUGAAAGAGAAGGCGUGGUCAAGGUUUUUAAUGAGGUCCAAAUAUAA